UCUAUGUACUUCAUGCCGGUUGAAAAAACAAAUCCCUGAAAGAUUCUUACCUGAUUAUGCCUGUCUGGUUCAGUCCUGAUCAGUGACUGGUCAUGCCCUAUUAUGUUCACUGAAUUUGACAGCAAUGCAGGAGAAUCUUACCAGGGAUAUGGAAGCAGUGCCGUGCCUGUUCCUUAUACUCAUUUGAGUGACUUUUUGAAUGAGGUACGCUUGUACAGUCAGUUGGUGUACCGUUCAUGCAAGGUAGUCUGCCGUAUAUUAUAUGGCCUGCGCUUGGGACUUGGGUACCUCAGUGGCAUUGUGGCUGCUUCCCUGCAGAAGCAUUGGCUCGUGGAGCUUCUUGGCAAAGGAUGUACCAAGAAGGUUAGAGAACAAUAUCAGGGAGCGUAUAACUGAUGAAGUCAAGCUAGAAGUGCCGGAUGGUAAAAACAUAUAACCUUCGGGUUUCCAAGGAAGGGAAUGUCCUGGUUUUCCAAUCUGGAUGGGAAACAUUUGCCAGCUCUUACGAACUUGAACAGGGUGACAUCUUGUUGUUUGAGUACAGUGGGAGCUCCUGCUUUGAUGUUCGAAUAUUCGAUCGAACUUGGUGUGAGAAUGAGUUGUCAUGUGUUACCAUGAACAACACUUCUUGUGUCAAUGAAAGAGACUCGUCUCAUGAUCAUAUGCAAUCACCAAGAAAUGAAAGGUCGGCAACAACGUUGCAAUGUUGCCUAUAGUCACCUUUUGAUAAUUGAUAUUCUUUCCUAUAACUUUAUAAAUUAGAAAUAUUACUGCUUUUUCUUAA